AUGUCCACCCCAGGCAUAACCCUCUACACCACCCAAACCCCCAACGGCAACAAAGCCUCCAUCCUCCUCGAAGAACUCAACAUCCCAUACACCGUCCACAAACACGACUUCAGCGCCCGCACCCACAAAGAACCAUGGUAUCUCAAAAUCAACCCCAACGGAAAAAUCCCCGCCAUCACCGACACCUUCAGUGACGGCCAAGAAAUCCACAUCUGGGAGUCGGGCAACGUGCUCAAAUAUCUCGUCGAGCGGUACGAUCCCGAGUACAAGCUGUGGUAUCCGCACGGGACGCGCGAGAAUUACGAGCUGUUCAGCUGGCUCUUCUUCCAAACCAGCGGCAUCGGCCCGUUCCAAGGCCAAGCCACACACUUCCUGCGCCACGUGCCGGAGCGGAUUCCCUACGCGGUAGACCGCUACCACAAUGAAUCCCGACGGCUGUAUUCCGUGCUCGAGAAGCAGCUGGCACCGAAGCGGGGGGGUUAUAUCGUGGGGGAGAAAUUCACGAUCGUGGAUAUUGCGUUCUGGUGUCUGGCGGCGACGGCGCCGUGGGCGGGGCUGGACUUGGGUGAGUUUCCGGCGGUGAGGGAGUGGUAUGAGCGCAUUUUGCAACGGCCGGGUGUGAGGCGCGGGAUGAAUGUUCCUGAGCCGCAUGGGGUUGUGGCCUUGAUGGGGGAUGAGAGUGGGGAGAAGGAGAAGGAGUUGGAGGAGUUUCAUCGGCGGUGGGUGAUGGGUGGGAUGCAGGAGGAUGCGAGGGUUUUGGAUUUGCAGAGGGGAAGGCAGUGA